UACCAAUCGACCCGAAUGUUUUUGGCGACAGAAGAGGGUGAUCCUAAACAGAGCUACUUGAACGAACCCAGCACCUGCAGAACGAAAACUCGCCACUAGGCUUGUUGGCGCCGGCCAUACCACAACUCCCUCGUCAACCACUUGAGUCGAGUCAUUGUAGCGCUCUUCAAGAUGCCCCGCCCUGCAGUCAGAGACAAGGAUGCGCGGGGAGGUUGGCUAGACUCACCUUGACGAACGGUCGCAGAGGCCUCCGUUGAUCCCCCUUGACGUAUCGCCGAGUACGCCUGUUGCAACCGCGGCCAGAGCUCGGGCAGACCAACUGCAAGUUCCUCGUCUCUCGCUGAUAAAAUCAGUUGAUCGAUGGCCUUGCUGUGACCACGGGACCUUUUCCGUAUCGGACCGGUCUGCCGUCGCCCUUUUGUGGACAAUUUAAGCUGUGCAUGGGUAUCAUAUGCAACCGACGGGCCCUUGACCAAGGGAUAGACGUUCCGGUGGAAUGUCGCCCUCGCCCCAGCCAAGGCGUUCUGCAGGGUCAGUGAAAGAGUCUUUCCUAUACUCCGUACCCCUACUCUCUUCUCCACGUGGGGUCCAGCUCCUUCCCCACGCAAUACUCCAUUUACCGUCUAGGGUAUGGAGUAAGUCGAGAUGGUGGAAAGCUUUCCGACGGAGUGGGAGGUGAGUAUCCGGGGCCGCGAUGACAGCCGGCCUGAGCACCUCGAUAAAACUCGAGUCCACGUUUGUCGACGACAAUAGCUUGGAGAUGUUCACAUGUCCGAGUUCUCACGACAAUGAAUGGAGCAACAUAUCUCCCACGUCCUCCAGCCCACGAGGCCUCCAAUACCAGCUCGGCGUAGCAACGGCCGAAGCAGGACUACAUCCCGGCGGAGCUUCUGGCCUUUGAGUUCCACAAAGCCUUCCAACCCCGCAAUCUUCCACCGUUGUUUGGGGGAUGCUGGAGACCAUCUACCAGGGCAGACGUCGAGUUCACUCUCUCAUUCGACCACUAGACAAGCAAGCCAAGCAAUUCAAGCCAAUUUCUGAAUACGAAAUGCAACAGCGGAAUUCCGUCGUCAAUCCAAGCAGCCACCAAGGCUCGGACGUCAUUGCCUUCCCUGGACUCGCUGGUCCACCAUCAUACAUAUCAUCAUAUAGUCGAACUGGUCUCCGAGUCCAAGAAGCGAUGGAGAAGAUCGUUGCCACUCCUCGUUUUCCUCUAAGAACAUUUCCUUCCUCCAAUUUUCAUCCUUUGCAUUGUCCCAUUCAGCCAAUUUUGCCCGUACGGACACUUUUGCCAAAGCGAGGCUUUGAAGUGAUAGCACACGACCAAUUCUCAGCAUCCUCCGGCGACUGGAGUGGGAAAUAUUAUGGCCGACAACAUCGACAACAAGGGUAUAUCGGCUCACAAUGAAAUUGAGAGCCUGAACCUGCCCCCUACUUCACACAAAUUCAGGUUCUCCGAAAAGUCCAAGCACCAGGAUGGCGAUGUUGCCUUGAAGCUGUUCACCAAUGCCGAUGACCUGCAUGUCCCAAUUGAUGAGGCAGAAGAAAAGAAACUGAUUCGAAAAGUCGACUUCUUGAUCCUUCCACUAAUCGCCGUGAACUAUGCCUUUUUCUACAUCGACAAGACGACACUGUCAUAUGCGGCCAUAUUUGGUAUCCGCGAUGACCUUAAUCUCCAUGGAACCCAAUACAGCUGGCUCAGCAGUCUUUUCUACUUCGGCUUCCUGGCAUGGGCCUUUCCGACCAAUUUCUUGAUGCAGAGGCUUCCAUUGGGCAAAUACCUCGGCUUCAAUAUAUUCAUGUGGGGGUUCUUUCUCAUGCUGCAGGCUGCCUGUAACAGCUUCGCUACCCUCGGCGUCCUGAGAGCCCUCGCCGGCGCUGCUGAAGCCUGCUCGGAUCCUUCAUUCAUGCUCAUUACCUGCAUGUGGUAUACACGACGGGAGCAGCCACUGCGCAUUGGACUAUGGUACACGGCAAAUGGUCUCGGCAUCGCACUUGGUGGACUCCUUGGCUAUGCUAUUGGCCACAUCAGAGGCGCAUUGGCAUCAUGGAGGUAUGAGUUCAUCAUCAUCGGAGCGCUAUGCUGCGUGUGGGGAAUAGUCAUUGCAAUCUUCAUGCCUGACAGUCCCGUCACGGCCAAAUUCUUGAAUGACCGCGAAAAGAGGAUUGCCGUUGAACGACUCAUGGGUAAUCAAACUGGUGUGGAAUGCAAGGUCUUAAAGCCCUACCAGAUCUGGGAAGCCUUCACGGACAUCAAGCUUUACCUGUUCUUUAUCCUCGGUGUUGUUGGAAACAUACCAAACGGUGGUAUUUCAAAUUUUGGCACCCUCAUUAUCAAAGGCUUUGGCUUUUCAACGCUCGUUACCACGCUGAUGCAGAUUCCCUAUGGUGUCUUCAUUAUUCUGUCAAUUCUGACGUGUGUAUUCUUAAACAAUCGCUUCCCCAACAACAACCGCUGCAAGUUUAUCUUGCUAUUCCUGUGCCCCAACAUCGCAGGCGCAUUCGGCCUUUGCUUUGUUAACGAAAAACACCACGUCGGCCGCUACUUCUGCUAUCUCCUGACUGGGCCAUACAACGCGGCCUUUGUGAUGAUUUUGUCUCUCCAAAUUGCAAACACUGCGGGCCAUACCAAGAAAGUCGUCACCAACGCAGUUCUGUUCUUGGGAUAUUGUACCGGAAAUAUCGCCGGCCCGUUCUUCUACAAGACAGAUCAAGCGCCCGAGUACACACUGGGCAUUUGGAGCAUGAUUGUCAGCCAUCUCCUCGAAGUCUGCGUCAUCAUCACCUUCUGGAUGUUGAUGAAGUACGAAAACGCCCGCCGCGAUAAGAUUCAAGGCCACCAGGAACGGGACCUCGACGCCACCGCGUUCGGAGACUUGACGGACCGGGAGAACUUGAACUUUCGGUACAUCUACUGAGGGAUGAAGGUUGCGAAGCAGGCAGAGGACGAAGGAGCAAGAAAUUGAAAUGAGGAAAGACAAAUAGAAGUGUCAGCAAUAGCCACCCUUCAAAAAGGUGAAGGAAGAAGUAGCGAACAAUACACGAGAUUGGAU